AUGCUGGCCUUGCUCGCCAGCUUGCCGAUGUUCGCGGGUGAGGCCAAGACGCUCCUCGCCGCCAAGGAGCGUUGCGACGCGGCAGCCGUGCCGACGCCGCCCACGGCCCACACCUCCUACACCGCCACCGCCAAGGAGCUUGAGAAGAAGGACGCAGCGCUCAAGUCGGCGGCCGAGGCGGUUGUGGCAGCGGAGGCCACCCUGGCACGUGCCCAGCAGAGGGCCGAGGAAACCACGGUGGCCCAGAUCGUCGCGCAGCAGGCCCAUGACAAAGCGGUCGCUGCUGUCGCGGCCAAGGCAAACAUCAAGCAGGUCCCCGACGGGUACACUGCAGACGGCAAGCGCGUGGUCUUCGCCGUGGACGACGCGCUCUUCUCCGACCUCAGCGAGUUCGACGAGACGCAGCAGGCCGAGCUCCGCGCGUUCGAGGCGGAGAUCAAGCAGAGGAUCGACCAGGUGGCGGCGAUGCAGGCGGAGGUGCACGCGCAGUACGACAAGGCCAAGGAGGACGGCCUCAAGGCGGCCCUCGCCAAGGCCCGCUCCGACUCUGUGGCCAAGGCGAAGGGCAAGGGCUCGGCCAGUGCUUCGAGCGCUGGCCCUGGUUCCGACUCCAAGCUCUUCUUCGCCAACAUCUCCGAGUGGGGCCCCACCGCGAAGGGCUUCAUGAGAGGCCAGGCGCCCUCCUACGACCUCGUCGCGUUCUGCGAGACGCACGUCCUGGGAGAGCAGCUGGCCACCGCCAAAUCCGAUCAUGGCAAGGACGGGUGGAAGGUGACGGCCGCCCCUGCAGUAUUGACUGGAAGGUCUGAUGCUGGCAACACAGGUGGAGAAUGGGUAGUCUCGCGCAAGUCAGUCUGCACCACCUCCUUCGAGUCCUGGCGCCAAGCAGAGCUUCAACGCACAGGUAAAGAUUGUUUCCGAGGAUUCGCCCCUCUCUUGUGGCACACGCGCGUCGGCAACAUAGUGGUUGUCUCCUGUUACUUGCUUCCUGGCCACAAGUUCAAGGGUUUGAACGAGCAGAUGCUGAUCCGCCUUGCCUCGUUCUUGAAGCAGAUCAAAGAUCCCUGGAUCCUGGUUGGCGACUGGAAUGCGGUUCCGUCUGAUUGGUCCAAGACUGCCUGGAUCUCCAAGCUCGGGGACAACAUCUGCGUGCCCAUCAACGGCCAGGUCACGUGUAACAAGGGCCGCGGCUCCCUCAUCGACUACGCGAUCGUGAAGGAGGGCCUCGCCGACAGCAUCCGUGUGCAUAUUGUCCCUGAGGUCCCAUGGCGUACGCACGCUGGGAUAUGCGUCACGCUCAAGGCGGGCAAGAAGGCGUGGUGGCAUCGCAGCCUCAGAGCCGCCCAACCUCUGCCGGCACUCCCGAGGCCUGUCCGCGCGGCUGACCCGAACAGCAAGCGGCAGAAGGCCAUCGCCCAGGCGAAGCAGCGCCGCCGCCAGGAGCUCGACGACUACCUGCAGGAGGCGUACGCCGACCUCUACGACCACGAUGAAGCCCCUCCAGCACCAGCUGCAGGACCUGCGUUCAACAUCCCCUUGGAGUGCUGGCAGGCCGCCAAGGACAAGCCGUACGAAGGCACCCCCGCACAUCGGCCUCAUUUCCUGCUCGAUCGGGAUCCCGAAGUACGUGACGAUGUUGGCCUACGCUACGGGCGAUGGGUCCAAGCAGUGGAGGAGGCAACGAUAGCACGCCACGAGCUUCCAGCAGGUGAUGCCAAGAAGUGUCGUGGCAGGGCACAAGGAUACGAUAUUGAAUGGAAAAUCACGCGAGCCACCCCGUCCAGGCCCCACUUGAGAGAUCCGCUACUCGAAUGGUGGAACCUGCGCACGUCACUACUCUCGAGAUUGGGCAUCUUCCGACGGACGGCUCGAGUUCACGACAACGCCUACACGAUGACCAAGCUCCUCGAGUUGCUGGACGUUGGCCUGGACAGCGACUUCCAGAAGCCCUUCGGCGACGACGACCAGUUCUGGACCUGGGUUGCGGCGACCCAGCAGAUUGGCACUGCCGACGAUGAGGAGUUCGACACCAUACUCCAGCAGGCGGAGUCCUACAAGAGCAGAGCCAUCGGCCUCUCGCUGUCCAAGGCUCGCAAGGGAUUCCAGGCCUGGGCCACCAAGAUGUGGAAGGAGUCGCCAGGAAUUCUACACCGCCACGUGAAAGGGGUACCUGACAAGCCCGACGAGAUCAUUGCUGACUCCAAGGUCUUCGCCACCCCUGAUGAGAUGAUGGACAAGCGCGCAGAUGAUUGGAACGAGAUAUGGAGCGACGACACGAUGGUCCCUGCCAAGAUCAUCGACGGCCUCCAGUACGUCAUGGGCAGGGCCGACACCCAGGACCUCGAGCAGCUCACCGCCGAGCGCAUGAACAGCGCGCUGGGCUCCAUGAGUGGCAAGAAGGCCAAGGGGGUCGACGCCAUGGGCCCCAUCGAGGUGCAGCGGCUGCCUGCUGAGGCCCGCCAGGAGCUGCUCGAGCUGGUGAAGCACAUCGAGCGCGUCGCCAUGUGGCCGCACCAGCUCUUCAUGGUGAUCGCCGCCGUCGCCCCCAAGCCGAAGGGGGGCGACAGGAUCCUGGGCCUGCUCCCGUUCCUGCCCAAGUUGUGGAGCAAGAUGAGAAGUGCUGACUCCCUGGACUGGACGGUGGCCAUGGACGAGCAUUGGGACACAGCGAUCCGUGGCUCGUCUGCCCUGCAGGCUGCCUUGGUCCGAUCUCUCCUCGAUGAGACCUGCCAGGAGAUGAAGAUUUCAUGUGCUACCUUGCUCCUGGACUUGGAAAAAUUUUAUGAUAGUAUUUCGAUUGCCAAGAUGUGUGCAGCAGGUAUUCGCCAAGGUUUUCCUGCUCUCAUCCUCGCGCUGGAGUUGCAGCUGUUCCUUGCCCCGCGGCACCUCAAGGACAGGCUCUGGCUGAGCAAGGCGAUUCAACCUGAGAAGAGUCUAGUGGCAGGCUCGCUGCAGAGUGGACGCUUCGCGAAGGCGUUCAUGGGCCCCAUGCUGGACAGGGCCCACAUCAACUACGGGCUCAGGAUCCUACUCCGCACCUUCGUUGACGACACGGUGGUUCGGGCAGAGGGGACAGCGCACGAGGUCGGCUCGCUGAUGAUCGACUCCUGCACGUCCUUGGCCAGCGACUUCGUGGACGCAGGGCUCAAGAUAAGCCCGAAGACGGUGGUCGUUGCUUCGUCCUCGAGCUUGGCAGCCCGAAUCACUGCCGGCCUGAUCGAUGUUGGCAUCCCUGUGACACCUGUCCGCCACGCUGUGGACCUCGGUGCUGACACGACCUCGGGCCGAUCACGGACCAGAACCAAGGCGAGGGAGCGCUUCAUGAAGGCCAAGAAGCGCACCUCCGCCAUCAUGAGGAUGAGGCGCCACGCCAGCCUCCGCGGCAUCACCAAGGGCCUCUGGAGCAUGGGGUCCAAGCCGCAGGGCACCUACACGCACCAGACGUUCGGGAUCCCUGGCUACGAGCUGGUGCAGAUCCGCCGCCAGGCCGCCCAGAGUGCCGUCGGCACGGGGCCUGGCCGAUGUUUGACCACGUCGCUUGCCGCCGCCUUUGACCGACGAGACCCAGCGAAGGCACUUCGACGUGAGCAGGUCCUGGCAUGGCUGCGAUUGUGGCGAGAGUACCCAGAAUAUCACACACGUAUUGCGAGAUCGUGGGAUAGCAUCCGUAGCCGCCUACGAUUAGCGGGUUCGCGAAGAUGGAGAGUUUCGAAGGGCCCCAUUGCAGCUACGAUUUCAACCUUGCUCGACAUUGGUUGGGACCCCGUCAGCCCGAUGGUGUGGUCUUCGGAUGAGCAGUUCGAGUGGCACAUCCCGUCUGUGGCGUCCCCAGAGUUUGACAACUUCCACGGAGACUUCACGGACAUCCUUGAUGACAUUGAGGCCACGAUUGACAGACAGUUGUGGCGUGCGGCGGCCCUCCACGAAGCUGCCUCGGACCUCUCGGAGGGCGCGGACAUGUACCACGUCUCCAGGGAGCUCAGCCGCCUCAAGCCAGACCUCGAGGGCGACAACUGGGCGUUGGACGUGGUGGUCGUCACGGGCGCCCAGUGGACUCGUGAGCGCUUGCGCGCGGCAG